GCUUGAGGCCUCUGCACCAAUCUAAGGGUGUAGAGCACUCUGAUCGGGGGAUCUGUGGCAGCCCAUUGGCCGCCUCCGCGGGACGCAUCGGCUCGGAGGGCGGUCCCUAAGCGGUUGCAUCAAUUUGGGCUCCCAGCCCUCCUACCUUUAGAAGCAUCUCUGGGUGUGCUGGGUCGCGGAAGCGUGCGGGAGAUGAGGAAGCUGAGAUCUAGAGAGGCUAGGUGACUUGAGCAGAGUACGCAUCAGAAGUGGGAUUCAGACUCAAAUCCUCCCCAAUCCAAAGCCCUGGAAAUGAGCCCAAGAUGAGCUGCUUUUUUUGAAAAUGACUGGAGCACAUUUCCGCUUCCGGGAGCCAAGAUGGCGGAGUGAAAAGGGUCCAAUGGCGAUGCGUGCCUCGGCCGGCUCCCCCAAGCAGAGGGACCCCAACAAGAUCGCAAAUGGUGACAACACAGCUCAAGGGAAGUGGGGCCGAGCCUGGGAGGUGGACUGGUUCUCCUUGGCCAGCGUCAUAUUCCUGCUCGUGUUUGCUCCACUCAUUGUUUAUUACUUCAUCAUGUCCUGUGAUCAGUAUGGCUGUUCCCUCACUGCGCCCGUGGUGGAGAUGGUGACUGGGAAAUCCAGCCUCUCGGACAUCUGGGCCCACACGCCGGGUGUGACGGCCAGAGCGGCUCAGAUCUACGUCACCUGGGUCACUUUUCAGGUGGUUUUGUACAUGAUGAUUCCUGACUUUUGCCACAAAUUUCUGCCUGGCUACGUGGGAGGCGUUCAGGAAGGGGCUGUAACCCCUGCAGGAAUGGUAAAUAAGUAUGAGAUCAACGGUCUUCAGGCCUGGCUCAUCACGCACCUUCUGUGGUUCGCAAAUGCUCAUCUCUUUCACUGGUUCUCUCCUACCAUCAUUUUCGACAACUGGAUACCGCUGCUCUGGUGCGCCAAUAUUCUUGGCUACACUGUGUCCACCUUCGCGCUCAUCAAAGGAUAUUUGUUCCCCACCAAUGCCAAAGACUGUAAGUUCACAGGCAACUUCUUCUACAACUACAUGAUGGGCGUGGAGUUCAACCCAAGGAUAGGGAAGUGGUUUGACUUUAAACUCUUCUUCAACGGCCGCCCGGGCAUCGUCGCCUGGACGCUCAUCAACUUGUCCUUUGCGGCCAAGCAGCAGGAGCGCUUUGGCUCGGUGACCAACGCCAUGAUCCUGGUCAACGUCCUGCAGGCUCUUUAUGUGGUAGACUUUUUCUGGAAUGAAACCUGGUAUCUGAAAACCAUUGACAUCUGCCAUGACCACUUUGGCUGGUACCUGGGCUGGGGCGACUGCGUCUGGCUGCCUUACCUCUACACCCUCCAGGGCCUGUAUUUGGUCUACCAUCCGGUGCAGCUCUCCACGCCGCACGCGCUGGCGGUCCUGCUGCUGGGCCUCGCGGGCUACUGCGUCUUCCGGGAGGCCAACCACCAGAAGGACCUCUUCCGGAAGACCGACGGGAACUGCCAGAUCUGGGGCCGGAAGCCCAAGUACAUCGAGUGCUCCUACGUGUCGGCCGAUGGGCGGAGGCAUCGCAGCAAGCUGAUGGUGUCAGGCUUCUGGGGCCUGGCUCGCCACCUCAACUACACGGGGGACCUCAUGGGCAGCCUGGCCUACUGCCUGGCCUGCGGCUUCUCCCACCUCCUGCCCUACUUCUACGUCAUCUACAUGUCCCUCCUGCUUGUCCACCGCUGCCUGCGUGACGAGGACCGCUGCUCCCGCAAGUACGGCCGCGACUGGGAGCGCUACACCACGGCUGUGCCCAAGCGCCUGCUGCCUGGCCUCUUCUAGGGGGACCCGGUGGGGCCCGAGCCCCAGAGGGCUGCAGGAGCUCCCCCAGCGCCCCGUUCUCAGCAGCCACACAGCCUGUGUACAGAGGCCAGCUCGUGGUCAGAAGGGCAGUGUGAGGUCCUUUGAUUCCCUGGUGUGCUCUGGGAUUCUCGAUAGUGGUAAGAAACUCUGUGAACCAGAGUCUGGGAAGCUGAGUGGGGAACGCUACCUCGGGUACAGGUCGACUCCGCCUCGGGGAUUCGUGCCCUGAGCUCCUCCAGCCGCCCCUCAGAUCAGAAGCCAAGUUCUCUCUGCCCACGCUCGGUCUCGGGCCCCUGCGGCCCAAUUUUCUUGCACAAUAUCCCAGGGUCUGAAUCGGAUUUCUUUUCCUCAGCAAGUCAAAGGAGUCUUUUUUUUUCCCUUUUUCUACCUUUCUUACUGAAAGCUAAGGCUUUAAUCCCGUUAGUCAAUCCACUAGCAUUUCUUACACACCUACUGUGUUCUGGACACUGUGCUGGGCUCCAGUGAUACAACGAAAGGCCGGUGACCAUUCCUGCCCUCAAGGAGCUUACCUCCUGGGGAGGAGCCAACGUGCAAGCAGCUGUGGCCAAACAGGAUGGACAGGAUGGAUUGGAAUUGCCUGCAGAGGGAGGGCACUGGCGUUGAGGAAGUCCAGGAGGGGCUUCCUGUAUAAGGUGGUGGCCGGGAGGCAGGAUGAGGUGCUGGGGAGAUGGAGGCCCUUAGACAGGGAGUAGCCGGGAGGCCGGAGUCACUGGAUUGCUGAGAGCAUGGCGGUGUAAGGCCCGUGCAUCCUGGAAGGGCCGGCGGGGGCAACGAGACAGAGCUGAGCAGGACGUUUGCUCUUGUAUCCUGGGGCUUAGGGGAGCUUAGGGCUGGACGCCUCAGUCUGCGAGCCUGAGUAAGUGACUCGGGCCUUCUAUUCAGCUGGUCUCUUUUAGGUUCAGAUCAAAUCCAUUGGAGGCAGAGCACCGUGGCCUUGAGGCCUUGGCACGGGGUACCCGUCUGUGGCUCAGACUGUCUGGAAAACCAGGGUCAGGUGACCAUUUCUCAGUGCCUUGGGCAGCUCUGAACUGCCUCUGUGGAGGUAGUUUCCACACUGGAAGAGCUGAGCUCUCCACUUCAAUAAAAUCAGGUUUGGACCCCACCAAAACAAAUUCUCCCCCUCAUGCCGUUGCCCCUGGGGCCGUGAAGUUUGUCUGGCCUUCAGCCACUGGGCAUCUUUGAAGCAAAGCUCUGUAGACGGGAAGGAUGCUGGUGACGCUCUGUGCCAGUCCAGACUGCUUUCACUGUGGCCCAGAAGAGCAUCAGCUCUUUGGUAUGGAGCAAGCUUCCUGAUAGGUCCCCCCACUUCCACACUGCCCAGGACAUCUGGGGGUCCAUCCCCGGCAGAAUUAGAGUCCCAGGGCUUAAAGGGAACUUCAGGACCCCUGUGAUGGAGCUGGACAGGAGUCCCCAAGAUCCUCCCCUUUGCUAUUUCCCGACUGGCUUUGUGGCCCAGCCCCAAGCACAGUGCCUUUGUAUACAGUGGCAUUCAAUAAAUGGUUGUUGAUUGAGAGUACUAAUUCUUAGGAAAGCCUGUUUGCCCAUAGCCUUGAUAUCACCUCUGCCGCCUAGAACCACCAUUCCUGGUUCUACCUAAAAAUAGUUAUAACCUUUCCACACCCCAAUUUUUGCCUUCUGUCCCCAGGCCCUUCCCCCAGCCUCAGACGGGACUUUGUUCCAGGGUGCUAACCUCCAAGGGGCCCCUGUGCCUUGCCCUGAGGGGGGACCAUGUGGCACUUGGUGCCAGGACCUUCCUGCCCAUCUGCCUUGGGGCCAGACCCACCCUCCCCAAGGGUUUUCAUCCCUCUUAAGCCUGCAUGUGGCAGGGUCUCCGUCCUCUCACCGUCCUGGGGGCCCGUCCAGAAGCUCUGCCCUCAGGUAUGUGGCGACCAGGCCAGGAGAUCAGAAGACACCCAUCUCCAUAAGCCAUGCCACCAUCACUGAAACCUCCGUUCAUGUUCCCUUUUCUGGUUCAGGUGCCUCCCCAAACCUGUGCUUUUUCUGUUGAUUUUUUUAAAGCAAAAGUGAGACCCCUUUGAUUCUUACUGAAUUUUCUCCUACCUUGGGAAGAUGCUUUUGAAUCUCCUAGACUGGAAGUUCCACGUGGUCAGGAAUGCGUUCUUUUCCAAUCUUUGUAUCUUAACACUGAGCCCUGUGUUCCACAUACAGCAGGUGCUUAAUAAACAUUUGUGAAAAAAUGAA